AUGGAGGGAGGGAGGCAGCCGGCGCCCGCCCGAGCCCGCGCGCCCGUGCCCGUCCCGGCGGCGCCUGCCGCUGCCGCUGUCGCCGCCUCCCGAACCGCCGCGUGUGUGACACUCGGGCCGCCAGAGCCCGCCCCGCCCCGCGGCCCCGCCCUCCCCGGGCCUGCGAGCGCCCCGCCCCCAGCCCGCCCUCUCAGACCCCGCCCCGCCCACCCCCACGCGCCCUGCAGCCAGACCUCGGCCCUGGCCCCGCCCUCUAGCGCCCCGGUUCUGGACAGCAGCAGCUCUCCCCUUCAGCACGCGCCACCUCCUGCGGACGCCUCGGCGCCAGCCCCUGGGUCGCGCCUGAGGGCGCCGGGGUCCCGCGGCGCAGCCAGCCCCGCCUCGCUUGCCGCCCGCCACCGCCUUGGGCGAGAGAUUGCCAGCCUAAACCUGCAGCGUGUAGAGGCCAAACCUUGCUCACCCCGGCACUCGAGCGUUGUGUUCUCCAGGGAUCCCCACUUUAGGGGACAAGGGGCAUUUUUAGUCUACGGCGUGACCCUCUUAGAGGAAAUGCGGUGCCGAGACCCUUAG